AUGUCUACUAAGGAAGAAACUGCAAGCAACGAAGAUAACAGCACUCUCGUCCAAGCUGGGACUAAAAGAGCCCAGGACACCUCUGAUGGUCCAGUUAGUAAAAAAGCGCAUUUGGAUGGAGAAGAAAACCAACUUGCUGUGAAAAUUCUGAUUCCAUCCGCCGCUGUCGGUGCUAUCAUCGGUAAAGGUGGUGAAGCUAUGAGAGCUCUCAAAACUGACAAUAACUGCCGAGUUCAGAUGAGCAAAAGUUCUGAUACUUAUCCAGGCACUAGCGAAAGAGUGUGCUUGGUUAAGGGAAAGCUCCAAAAUGUCGUUUCUGUUGUUGAGGCUAUCAUGGAGAAGAUCAGAGAAAAAUGUGAUGGUGUGGCCGGUAGUGACGCUUUCGACCACAAGGGAGCCAAUCGUGGCUCUGAGAUUAAAAUUGUUAUGCCUAACACAUCUGCCGGUAUGGUUAUUGGAAAAGCCGGUGCUAACAUCAAGGAUAUUCGCGAAGCUUACGGAUGUCAAAUCCAAGUUUUCCCCAAAGCAGGAUCUCCUGAAGCCAAGAAUUCUCUUGAGCGCGUUGUUACGCUUGCUCAUGAGGAACACGGUCAAUUAAUUUUGGCAACAUCUAAAGUAUUGGAGAAGGUCGCUGCUGACCCACAUCAUAGCAGUGAAAUCAAUAAAGAGGAUUUCGGGGGAAAGGGAGCUAACUCUUCAUUCACUUCCAACUCGGGAUACAACAAUGGAUCAGGAGGAAAUUACGGAGGAAGCGGUGGCGGUAAUGCCCCAUACAAUAACUACGGAUACGGAGGACAAAACAACUCUGGAGGAGGAAAAUUCCAGUAUAAUCCUAUGAACGGUCUCGGAAAUAAUGAGCUGUUGGCAUUCUUGGAUAAUCUUCAAAACACUUUGAGAACAUCUGGUUUCAAUGAGGCUAGUGUUGCUGAGGUCAUGCAGGCUAUGCAGGUGCUUGCUAAGUAUAACAUCAUGGGCCUUGGUCUAGGAUUAGGUGUUGCUGCCAUGGCCCAGAUGCGAUCUGGUCAGGAACAACCUGCUCAGUUGCCUGCUAACCAUGGUGUUGCAGGUUUCGGUGAUCAGGGGUACCAAGCAGAUCCCUCUUUCUGGCGAAGAGGAUAA